AUGAAAAUCCAUGUAGACAUACUUCUCAACCAUUUUCAGUUCAUACACUACCGUAUAUCUACUACCUGUGGCAAGUUCUCGACUUUGGCAACCAUUAUAUAUGCCAGCCCGAAUACAACAAAGCGAAAACAACUAUGGCCUCACCUUCGAUCCCUCGCUGGAAAUAUUACCUCCCAUUGGAUCAUGUUUGGAGAUUUUAAUUCCACGCUCACUGCUUCGGCUCAGAUGAAUGCUGCAAUUUCUACUCGGCCUUGCAAAAAUUUCCAGAAUUUUGUUUAUGAUUUCGACAUCCGUGACAUGGGAUUUCAAGGUCUUGAAUUCACGUGGAAUCGGGGUCUCUCUUAUGCUCGUCUUGACAGGGCUUUAUGUAAUAGCAAAUGGGACGAAUCGUAUCUUGAAACAGCCAUACAUAAUCUUCAUCGCAUGCGGUCUGAUCACAGACCAAUUCUCCUUUGUGUUGGCAUCUCUACAAAUAACCUUCGCCCGGCUCAAUUCAGAUAUUUCUCUGGCUAG